UGAUGGACAAUCAGCCGCCCCUCACAUCACCGGAUUAUGAAGGAGAAGAUAAUCAAAUCGCAACAAAAUCUCGGGGAGGAAAGUCUUAUUUGUGCCCGGAGUGCGGUCAAAGUUUUAAACGGAAAGAUCACCUGGAAAGUCACGUGAGACUUCACACCGGUGAGACUUUUCCAUGUGAAGAGUGCGGAAGAUGUUUUGUGCAGAAAUUUAAACUCAAAGCGCACCUGAGAACCCACACCGGGGAGAAGCUGCAUACUUGUACAGAGUGCGGGAAAUGUUUUUCGAGGAAAUACAGACUCAUGAAACACCUAAGAACCCACUCCGAUGGUAUUCCGUAUACCUGUCCAGACUGCGGCCUGAGCUUCAACCAGAAAAGCGAUUUUUGGAUCCAUCAGAGAUUCCACUUAGUCAAGAGUUCCUUGUCGUGUUCGGAGUGCGGGAUUUUUUUUAAUACUCAAACUGAACUUGCCAUACACCAGAGAGCCCACGCCGGGAAGGAGAUCUUUCCCUGCUCGGAGUGCGGGAUGUUGUGUGUCAGUAAAUCCCGUCUUAUUAUCCACCAGAGAAGUCACACCGGUGAGAGGCCCUAUUCAUGCCCCCAAUGCCUGAAAGCAUUCAUAAUAAAGUCAGAACUUAUCAUCCACCAGAGAAGUCACACCGGCGAGAUGCCGUUUUCAUGCCCAGAGUGCGAGAAAGGUUUUACACGACACGGGAACUUAACUAGUCACAUGAAAGUCCACACUGGGGAGAAGCCGUUCUCCUGCCCGGAGUGCGGAAAAUCUUUUAGCCGGAGAAAUGAACUCGUUAUGCACCUGAGCGUUCACACGGGGGAUUAUCGUUUUUCAUGUUCAGUGUGCGGGAAAGGUUUCUCUCAUAAAGAAAAAUUUAGUAGACACCAGAGAACCCACAGAGGUGAGCGACCUUAAGAAUCAUGUUCACAGUGCGGUAAAACGUCACCUAGAAAAUUCCCAUCUUCUUGAACGCCUAAGAAGCCACACAAAUGGACGGCGACACAGGCCAGGACACUAUACUGGAGAUCCUGCUCCCUUUAACCUGAACACCUCCUCCGCUCUUUUAUUAUGUCUCCCAGCAAGCAGAAACCCACUCAAGCUCUGGUGGCUUCUUCCCAAGCUUACCCAGUGGCUACCGUCUUAGAAACCCCCAAUAAAUGCUGAAGAAUGACUCCACUCCCCCUAUCACUCUGACUUUACCCUACUACAGGCCAGGACACUAUAUUGGGGAUCCUGCUCCCUUUAACCUGAACACCUCUUCCGCUCUUUUAAGCUCCAAGCUCUGGUGGCUUCUCCCUACACUUACCCAGUGGUCGCCAUCUUGGAAACGCUGACUGAAUGCUGGAGAAUGACUCCCAGCAAGCUGAAACACGCUCAAGCUCUGGUGGCUUCUCCCUACGUUUACCCAGUAGUUGCCGUCUUAGAAACCCCCACUAAAUGCUGAAGAAUGUCUCCGCUCCUCCUAUCAUCCUGACUUUAUCCUACUACAGGCAAAGACACUAUAAUGGAGAUCCUGCUCCCUUUUUACCUGAACGCCUUCUCCACUCCUCCUUUUUUAUGUCUCCCAGCAAGCUGAAACCCACUCAAGCUCUGGUGGCUUCUCCCUACGUUUACCCAGUGGUAGCCAUCUUCGAAACCCCUGAUAAAUGCUGAAAAAUUUCUCCACUCCCCCUAUCAUCCUGACUUUAACCUACUCCCAGGCUGCUCCUUUAAACUGAACACCUCCUCCUCUCCUUUAUUAUAUUUCCCGGCAAGCUGAAACCCACUCAAGCUCUGGUGGCUUCUUCCCGUGCUUAGCCAGUGGUCGCCAUCUUGGAAACACCCACUAAAUGCUGAAGAAUGACCCCACUCCUCCUAUCAUCCUGACUUUAUCCUACUACAGGCCAGGAUACUAUAUUGGGGAUCCUGCUCCCUUUAACCUGAACAUCUCCUCCGCUCUUUAAAGCUCAAACUCUGGUGGCUUCUCCCUACACUUACCCAGUGGUCGCCAUCUUGGAAACGCUGACUGAAUGCUGAAGAAUGACUCCACUCCCCCCUAUCUUGACUUUAACCUACUCCAGGCUGCUCCUUUAAACUGAUCACCUCCUCCGCUCCUUUAUUAUAUUUUCCGGCAAGCUGAAACCCACUCAAGCUCUGCUGGCUUCUUGUCACGCUUACCCAGUGGUUGCCAUCUUAGAAAUCCCCACUAAAUGCUGAAGAAUAUCUCCACUCCCCCUAUAAUCCUGACUUUAUACUACUACAGGCCAGGACACUAUAUUGGCGAUCCUGCUCCCUUUAACCUGAACACCUCCUCUGUUCUUUUAUUAUGUCUCCCGGCAAGCUGAAACCCACUCAAACUCAGGUGGCUUCUUCCCACGCUUACCCAGUUGUAGCCAUCUUUGAAACAUCGACUGAAUGCUGGAGAAUGUCUCCCAGCAAGCUGCAACCCACUCAAACUCAGGUGGCUUCUUCCCACGCUUACCCAGUGGUAGCCAUCUUGGAAAUACUGACUGAAUGCUGGAGAAUUUCUCCCAGCAAGCUGAAACUCGCUCAAGCUCUGGAGUGAGGCCCGGAACGGAGAAAAAAGCAAGCAAGUAGUGGAGGGCCGGGCAUGACGAGGUGUAAAGGGGAGACAACAAUGGGUUAAGGUGGAAGAGGAUUGAAGGGGAGGAUUCAGGAGGAAAAUAGUUGGAGAGGGAGGAGUUGUAUAAAAGGAGUAGGCGGGGACUUCCGGGAGCAGUUGGAGAGGGGGACAGAAAGAAAGCGGUUUAAUCACCCACCCUCCCUCCCUGUUGUUUGUCUUUCUGUGGUGUUCAUUUGUUUUCUUUUAUUUCAGGAUCAAUGGACUCGGGUCGUCAUAGCAGCGGUGUAACGGCGGUGUCGUUGGUCUUUGAUGGUAGCAGAAAACAUAUGUGAUGGAAGUGGUGGGGGCUCAUCGGUGUUAUGGGCCGCUCUGGUGUAUUCCAGUGCUGAAUACGGUAUUGGUUGCACUGUGGGAAAAGGGGGUUGUCUCCAAGCUGGUGCUACGGCUGGAGGCCUGGUAUGGUGAAAAAGGUCCCGCAGUGUAAUGGUGGAAAAGUCCUAAGUUUGGGGUGCCAUCAAAGACCAACAGACUGUGAUUAAAAAAGUUGUUACAAAUGUUAUUUGGAAAUUAUUUAAUAUUUUGUUAAUAAAAAGGCUGCUAUUGCCAUUUAUACUCCAAAAUCAUGUGUGGUCUUAUC